GCCACUUUUGCGGUGAGUAGAGUAUUGUUUUGUGGAUCUUUAAUGGCUUCUGGAAUGCAGAGCAGUGGAAUGUUGUCCAGAGAACAACUUUUUCAUCUUUUCGAGCGUUUUAUUAUCCUUACUGCCCAGCCUGAUGUAAAGAAAAGGAUUGUAGAUGCUGUUCUGGAUAAGCAGGAGGCUGUUGCUGUGACCACUAGUAUACAGGAAGAAAUAUUUUUGGAGAUGGGUGUUGACCCACGAUUUGGUAUUUCAUGCCUGGGAAAAAUCAGUACUGAAUAUGAGAAUGACCAAGAUUUGAUGAUUGAAUUUUAUAAAUUCCUUGCCAAAGAAGAGAUGGCCUGCGAUGAAGCAGAGCUUGGAGAAGAAGAAUUUGCAGAAAAAAAGAGCUAUCAACAAAACUUACAGCAACAGCAACUAGAGAUGCUGCAGCACAUGCGCAAGUUUAACUUGGAUGAUCAAUCUGCAAUCCUUGAGAAGUUACACCAGCAGAUGGAGAAUGGCAAUUAUGAAAGCGAGACAUCCAUUUUGUCAGCUAAGCAGGUGGAAGAGAUAAUUCAAAGGAAGGUGACCCCUCUGUUUAUGCCAAGUUAGACACAGAAUCUGCACUUAUCAUGGAGCCAGAACCUGUCAACUAUUUUGUAUCGGCCUAUUCCAUAAUCCGUGAUAUGUACAUUUACUCUGUUUAUUUGCCAAAAUAUGAUGUGUUGUAUUGUUUACUUCGCAUCAUUUAACACUUGCUGUUCUUGCAUCCCUGAAUUUUUUUGUGCAUUUUCUUCUUGAACGGGGAGCUAAAAAUACCCGAGCGAUGCACCGUAUGGAUGCCACAUAUAUGUUUCAUAAACUAAGCAUAUAUGAUUCAUAAACUAUUGGAACAAAA